AAUUUGUACGAAACAUUUUUUUGCACAAACACCUGUUCUUACCGGUGUGCCUGUGGCCUCUUUGGGUCCCACGUGCGACACGAAUAGUUGAAGGGCGCAGUACAGGUUCCGAGCGCACAGGGGUAUGUGCCAUUGAGCUUGGACCAUUUCUGCAUUAUCACCAGGAUCGGUCCACAUGACGAUUUUUUUCUGUUGCCGGACGCCGGAAAAACUACGAAAGGCUGUUGCCAACCUGCCGAACCUAGUGCUGGCUGUGGCAAGCGUUGACGUACCGCAACUGCGGUGCUUAACUGCUGACCUUACUUCAUUUGACGAGGAUGCCGGAGAAGCAACAUACACUUGGCACGUGAAAUCCCCCGACAGUUCAAAGAGAACGGACGUCCGGAUCAACUAUGCUCUCACUGGCGAAGGGCCCGACAUGUGUGUUGCACACAUAAAUGAUGACACCACACAGAAGUAUGCGAGCCAAGUUUUGUACAGCGAUUAUAAAGACUGCGUUCUUGUCCGAAUGCUCCUGGGAAAAAAAGAAGUUUGUUUUCUCUGGGAAUCGAAAGAAACCGCGUAUGCUGUCCCCAAGAACUGCUUAGACGCAUACAAGAAGAGCUGCGGCGACGGCGUCACUCUGUACAGCAAGGACGCCUGCAAUGCCAACUAAUCUGCAAAUUUUAAGCACAGAAAUGGCACAGAAUAAAAAAAAAGAUCUUUGCGACGUAUAUCCGGUCUUCUGACAUGGCGUCAGAUUGAGACGUCAA